AUGGAUAGGGUGACGAAAUUGGCGUCGGAGAGGCCGGUGGUGAUCUUCAGCAAGAGCUCUUGCUGCAUGUGCCACACCGUGAAGACCCUCUUCAGCGAGUUCGGAGUCAACCCCGCGGUGUACGAGCUGGACGAGAUUCCGAGAGGGAGGGACAUUGAGCAGGCGCUUGCAGGGCUUGGACGGAGCCCCAGCGUGCCGGCGGUCUUCAUCGGCGGUGAACUCGUCGGUGGAAGCAAUGAGGUCAUGAGCCUCCACCUCAACCGCUCCUUGAUUCCAAUGCUGAAACGCGUCGGAGCUCUCUGGGUUUGAUUGAGGGAUCCAUGGAGAAUUAUAUAUAUAUUAACGUAAUCUAAUUAUAGUAAUUAAUAUAUGAUGAGGCGCAAUAAAUGUUUUAAUCAACAUAUAUAAUAUGAGAAUAUAUAUAGGCGUCACGUGUAUUAACAUAUAGAGCUUAUUCACUACAACUCCUAUCAUGUCUACUACGUACGUGUACUUUUUUGUCUUUUACCCUUUGUAUGUGUAAUGUUUUGCUUCUAAUAAAGUUGCAAUUUCCAUCCAA